UCGCCGCCGCCCGAGCGCAGCACAGCGCACGCCGAGCCCGUCUGUCGCCGCCAUGGCCACUACGGUGACCUGUACCCGCUUCACCGACGAGUACCAGCUCUACGAGGAUAUUGGCAAGGGGGCUUUCUCUGUGGUCCGGCGCUGUGUCAAGCUCUGCACUGGUCAUGAGUACGCAGCAAAGAUCAUCAACACCAAGAAGCUGUCAGCCAGAGAUCACCAGAAGCUGGAGAGAGAGGCUCGAAUCUGCCGCCUUCUGAAGCAUUCCAACAUUGUGCGUCUCCACGACAGCAUCUCUGAAGAGGGGUUCCACUACCUGGUCUUUGAUCUGGUGACAGGUGGGGAGCUCUUUGAGGACAUCGUGGCCAGAGAGUACUACAGCGAGGCGGAUGCCAGUCACUGCAUCCAGCAGAUCCUGGAGGCGGUUCUCCAUUGCCACCAAAUGGGGGUCGUCCACAGGGACCUCAAGCCUGAGAACCUGCUCCUGGCCAGCAAGUGCAAAGGGGCUGCAGUGAAGCUGGCGGACUUCGGCCUGGCCAUCGAGGUGCAGGGGGACCAGCAGGCGUGGUUUGGGUUCGCUGGCACGCCAGGCUACCUGUCCCCAGAGGUCCUGCGCAAGGAAGCAUAUGGCAAGCCGGUGGACAUCUGGGCGUGCGGGGUGAUCCUGUACAUCCUGCUUGUGGGCUACCCGCCCUUCUGGGACGAGGACCAGCACAAGCUGUACCAGCAGAUCAAGGCGGGGGCCUACGAUUUUCCAUCCCCCGAGUGGGACACGGUCACUCCUGAAGCCAAAAACCUCAUCAACCAGAUGCUGACCAUCAACCCCGCCAAGCGCAUUACCGCACACGAGGCGCUGAAGCACCCGUGGGUCUGCCAACGCUCCACUGUGGCCUCUAUGAUGCACAGGCAGGAGACUGUGGAGUGCCUGAAGAAGUUCAAUGCCCGAAGAAAGCUCAAGGGUGCCAUCCUCACCACUAUGCUGGCCACGAGAAAUUUCUCAGGUGAGAACAAGCUUACUCACAAGAAAGCGGACGCGGUGAAGCCCCAGACGAACAGCACCAAAAACAGUGCAGCUGUGACCGCCCUAAGGGUGACACUCUCCACCGCCCUGGAGCCUCAAACCACCGUCAUUCAUAACCCUGUGGACGGGAUCAAGGAGUCGUCGGACAGCACCCACACCACCAUAGAGGACGAAGACACAAAAGGUACGAGUCAGGAGGUCAUCAAGAUCACGGAGCAGCUCAUCGAAGCGGUCAACAGCGGGGACUUCGAAGCCUACGCGAAAAUCUGUGACCCAGGCCUGACCUCGUUCGAGCCUGAAGCCCUGGGCAAUCUGGUGGAAGGGAUGGAUUUCCACAGAUUCUACUUCGAGAACCUGCUCGCCAAGAACAGCAAGCCCAUCCACACGACCAUACUGAACCCGCACGUGCACGUCAUCGGAGAGGACGCUGCAUGCAUCGCCUACAUCCGCCUCACGCAGUACAUCGACGGGCAGGGCCGGCCCCGCACCAGCCAGUCCGAGGAGACACGCGUGUGGCAUCGCCGUGACGGCAAGUGGCAGAACGUGCACUUCCACUGCUCGGCGCGCCCGUUGGCCCCGCUGCAGUGAAGAGCCGCGGCCGGCGUCGCGGGACAGACUCGGUGUUUGGAGCCCGGCCGCCAAGGUGGCCUGCCUGUCGCAUGUUUGUGUCUGCCUCGUUCCUCCCCUGGUGCCUGUGUCUGCAGAAAACCAAGACCGGAUGUGAUUUCUUUUUAACAACAAGACGACAACCACAGAAACAAUUGAUGUUGGAUGAAACGGGAAAAAAAAAAAAAAAAAGGAAAAAGCUGUAAAAAUCACUGGCAUUUGUGGGGCUUUGGACCGACGGGCACCCCCCACCCACGCUCCAUGUGUCUGUCCGCUCCUGGCCCCUGGGACCAUGGGGCAGUGAACGUGUCCACAGGGGCCAGGCCGAGGAACGGUGUGUGUUAGGUGACGCCCCUCCCCAGGUGUCUGCAUUCCCUGCCGUGCAUGGCUGCUGUCAGGAGUGUCGGCCACCUGGGGCCCAGGGAACCUGAGCACGGCUGUCCCCCUCCUUUCCUCUCAUGCCCCCAGCAUGGAUGAGCAGUGCAGAGGCCGGGCCGGCCCCCGGGCGCCCGACAAGCCAUCCAAGAAGCCCCCUCAGGCCCAAGGCUCCAGUUCUGGUUCCUCCAGGGCCGAGGAGGUUUGGUGGGGGGGGAAGCACCCCUUAAUGUCAGACCUCACGCCUGGCAGACUUGUGGAGAGGACACUGUUGGCUGCAGCCCUGUUGGGGGGGAGCCCCUGGGCUGGCCUCCCUCCCAUUCAGGGUCACCUCUUCCUCUGCCGACCUUCCCCCUGCUGGCACGUCCACGAGGGGCUCUGGACUUGGUCAAGAGGCAGGAAGGGGAGAGGGGUCAGAAGGCAGGUGCAUGGCUCUCUGGGCUCCCAGGCCGAGACUGGUCCAGGCAGAUGUUUCCAGGCAGUGCUUUUGGAGUCUGGGUCUGGAGCCGAGGGAGGGAGAGAGGGAGGGAGGGCCGCCUGGGCCCAAGGGGGAGGGCACGGUGAACCCCCGGCCAGGCCUCUUGAGGGAGGAUGCUGUGUGUGUGAUGGGGACCCAGGGAUGAGGAGAGCACGGGCUGGGCCUAUCUUGAGGUGCCCCUCGUGCUGGUGGGCACUGAGGUGCAGCUUGGGCUCAGGCUGCGUGGUAAGGUGGCAGUACCGGGGUCCCGGGGCAGCUGGCCGGGUCAGGGGCUGUGAUGGAAGAGACGCAGGACCUGGCGCCCCAACACCUACCCCCUUAAUUCACAUUUUCAACAAGGGUUUUCUUUAUCUUCCCCCACAAAUCAAGCCAAGGGAGGGGCACAGAGUGGGGAGCGACACUCAGAAUGGACACUCACCUGCCCGUCCACGGCUGUGCUCAGGACAGCUGUCCCCACCCAUGGACACAGGGUAAACAUCCGCCGGGCUCCCUGGGCCUCAGGCAGCGGCAGUGCUCGCCGUGGACAGCGUGGGGCCCGGCCAUCCUCCCCUCUGGGGGCCUCCUCCCUUCUCCCUUCACCUGUCAUCUCCACG